AAUAAAUAUGUAAAACGUUUUCCACUUCUCUUUAUGACAUUUUUGUUGUCGUUAGAGUUAACCCGCAUAGUAAUCUUCCUUCGUCUUUUAUGGAAUACAUAACGGGACUGCAGUUACAAGUGUAAUAAGUAAUAUUUAAUAUUGAGAUUCAAAGUUUAAGUGUUUCAGAUCUCUUAUUAAGUUAUUUUCAAAAUUUCAUCACGAGAACGUAGUCAAGUUCAGUGCGUGUAACAAGAUGAGAUGGUUCGACUUCGUCACAUAGUGGGUGGAUUGCUUCUUUGUUUGGCUUGUACCAUAGCUGUUUCAAUUUUCUUUGCUUUUUCUUUAUUAAAUCCCACACAGUCCUGUUUGUUUCCUAGUGUAACAAAAGGAAAGAUCAGAUAUAAUUCAGACUGGGGUUCUCAUCAGUUGGCCCUUAUAGUUCCUUUCCGAGAUCGUUUUGAAGAACUGCUGGUUUUUGCUCCUUACAUGCAGAAUUUUCUUAAUGAACAAAAAAUAAAACACAAAAUUUUCAUCAUCAAUCAAGUUGAUCAACACAGGUUUAAUAGAGCUUCUCUAAUUAAUGUUGGUCAUCUCCAGAGUAGGGAGGAGUGUGACUAUUUAGCAAUGCAUGACAUUGACCUUCUUCCUUUAAACCCUGCCCUAAAUUACUCCUAUCCAGAAGGUGGACCAUUCCAUAUUGCCUCUCCUGAUCUUCAUCCUCGUUACCAUUAUCGAACUUUUGUGGGGGGAAUUCUUCUAUUAACCAGAGAAGACUUUGAACUAGUUAAUGGUUUGUCUAACAAAUACUGGGGCUGGGGGCUAGAAGAUGAUGAGUUAUAUGCUAGAAUGAAGAAAGCCAAGUUAAAUAUUAGUAGACCAAAAGAUAUUAAUACAGGACAGAAAAAUACGUUUAAACACAUUCAUGACACAAAGAAGAGGAAACGUGAUACAGCAAGGCUGUACAAUCAGAGGGAGGCCACCAGAUGGCGAGAUCAUCAAACGGGUCUCAACACUGUCCAAUACAGAGUUGUCAGCAAACAUAAACUGAUGAUAGAUGAAGCUUCAAUGACUGUUAUCAAUGUUGAGUUGAUUUGCAACUACACUGUUACACCUUGGUGUGACCACAAAUCUGUAAAGUCCUCCAAGCAUAGGAGGUAGCUUAAACUAUCAGUUAGGUUUUAGUUAUUCAUUCUAGUUAUUAUUCAAGUCAAAUCAAUACUGUUUUUUCAUAUUUAAAACAAACAAAUACUGUGAAUGCUCAGGAAGUAUAGUGCAAUCUCAGGAUUUGGAAAUGAAUAUAAAAGAGUUAAGCCUAAAGUCCUAAAAUUGAAGUACAAGAGGUAAACAUUUGAAAAUUAUUUUACACCGUGAUUAAAAACACUUUAUCAGUAUGAAUGGAUAAUUACAAAUAUGUAUGAUAAAUUCACUUUUUCAAAAUCAUUUUAUACACAUUUGUUAGAUUUGGACUUUAUUGUGUUUGUUUAAUGUGUUUUUUAAGUACUCCAACAAAUUAUAAAAAUGGUAUAGCAUACUUAAUUUAUGCCCCCCCCCCCCCAUGGCACAGUGGUAUGUCUGCGGACUUACAAUGCUAGAAUCUGGGUUUAGAUACCUGUGGUGGGCAGAGACCAUUGUGUAGCUUUGUGCUUAAUUACAAACAAACAAAUAAACUUACUUACUUUAUUUGUAAAAAAAUUGUCAAAUAAAAACAUAGUGCUGUGGAUCAAAACUCAAACUUUUGUAAGCUUACCAGUAAUGUCUAACUUUUUAUUUUAUGUGUCCAGAAUACAGUUUUUACUAAGAAAUGUUUUUGCUUUAUAUUUUUGACUGGUUAAAUCUAAUAAUAAAAACAACACUGAAUUAUUCAGGCUUUGUGUAAACAGAUAUUUAUGGUCAUUAUUUUUUUAACAUAGUCAUCAUUUUGUUGCAUGUAUUUUUGUUUUCAUAUUUAUAACUUCCAUUGUAUUAAAAAAAAAACUAGUUUGUAAUAAAAUUUGAAUGCAUAUUGUUCUCAUAAGUUUACAAAGAAUUGAAAAACUUGAAUAAGUGAAAAUUUUUAUGUGAAACAUAUUUACUCUUGUUGGAUAAUUCCAUAUUAUGACCAGUUGAGAAAGUUGAUAACAUAAAAUUAUAUUCAGUGAACCUUUAUUUCUCUUUAGUUGUGAAAGACAGCUUGACAAUUAUUUUGUUUUAUGCACAUUUUUCUUCACAUGUGAUAAAAUGUGUUACAAACAACAAGAAAGCUAGAUACCCUCACAAGCUUUUUUUAUGCUAUAAAUGGGUAGAAAGCUGUGUUUUAAAA